UACUGCCACCUCCUUGGAGGUACUUGAUGGAUUGGUAGAAAGUACAGCAGUCAUGUUUUCUAGUCCAUCAAGUGGGGAAAAUGUUGAAAAACAUUUUCAAAACCUUCAGUUGUGGCUGCAGAGAGCUACCUUACCAGUGGAGGAGUCUGACAAGUCAGAAAAAAGCACUGAAGACUUAAAGAUGUCUGCCAGUGCAGCCGACGUUGAGCGCACCCUGACCCUCCCAGCCAGUCCACGGCUAAUACUGCUGGUUGCUGGUGACGGAGUCACAAUUGGACGUUGGAUGAUCAGCAUUGAAAGCCAUGUCAUCUGUGAAGGCAUUCAACCAAGCUUCAUCACAGGGCUGGCUGCCGUUUUCUCCACCUACUAUGUGUUCAACUUGCAAUACCAAGACGAAGCUGCAAGGACACUGGAGUUUGUUCAAAGGCGCCUCAUCGGUAUCAACCCCGAGCGAGGAACAAAGGCCAACCAGGGGAAGACGGUUUCCAAGAAGAGUGGGAAGUUGGUGCAGAAGAAGGCAGCAACGGUAAAUCCUCAUGUGGCCACCCUGAUAAAAAACCUGAUGGACUUUGAGUGGGGCUUUAUCUAGCCCACAACACAUCUUCACAAGGCAACCAGAGGUUGACAUUAUCAUGAGGCCUGUGUUCUGUUCAGUAUACUGUAGGUCAGUCCAGUUGCAUCAAGUGUGCAGUUUGAGGUUUGAUCUUUCACUUGCUGUCUAUUACACAUGAUAAUAUCUCAUAAAAGAUGGAACAUUGGCAAUUGGAGUCGAUUGAUGGUUGUUGGGUGUUUUUUUGUGUGAUUUUUGAAGAGAUUUUUGUCAUUUUAUUUUGCCCACCUCCUCCCCGGCAUCCACCUGCGGGCUCCGAGGGGGGUUAGU